AUGGCAGGCCACAAGGCAAGAAGGAUAGCCAAGGAUUUGGCGGAUAUCCGUGCGGACUCGACCUCCCAAAUCUUCGCCGAACCUGUUGGGGAUAGCAUCACAGAUUUGAGAGGAUCUUUCAAAGGCCCGUCAGGGACACCGUAUGAGGGUGGUACAUACGAGGUCUCGAUCAAGAUACCUAAUGAAUACCCUUUCAAGCCGCCAGUUAUGAAGUUUGUAACAAGGAUCUGGCAUCCGAAUAUUUCCAGUCAGACUGGCGCCAUUUGUCUAGACACUCUCAGCACAGGCUGGUCACCCGUUCUAACGAUAAAAUCUGCCAUGAUCUCGUUGCAGUCCCUGCUUAGCUCACCGGAGCCCAAAGAUCCUCAAGAUGCGGUCGUUGCGAACCAGCUCAUCAAAAACCCCAAAGAAUUCGAGAGACAGGCACGAGAGUGGGCAGUCAAAUACGCCGGGGCUCCCAGAUCUUUCAUCGGCGAAAGCAGUGGUGGAGCUACCGACAAGGACAUUGAGGCUGCCGAGAAGGAAAGUCAGGAGAGAGAAGCUCAAGCCAACAUUGCAGUGUACGACGGCUACAAUAAAGACCUGAUUGACCGAUUCGUCAUGAUGGGAUUCGACGUGGAGCGCGUGGUGGAGGCAUUCAACUACGUCGGCAUUGAUCGAAAUGGUGGUCAGGACUAUGAACUAGAAGAGGCGUACAUGGGUGACAUUACGGCCAGGCUGUUGGGCGAGCCUUAG